AUGGCUUCGGACGCGAGGUCGAUACGUUCGUCGAGAGGUGUCCACAUGGCAGAUGAUGAAGAUGAAGGCCCACCGAAGAGAACCCGACCACCCUUGCGGAUACAUUCAGAACCCGAUGAGACAUCUUCCUUGCUCGAAAGCGUUACGGAUGCACCUAGUCGGUCUUAUAAAACAGCACCAUUGACUCCUAGAACAACAGCAUCUCAUCCAAGGGCAUCGAGAAUACAGUCGUCCGUCUCUCCAAGCAUACUACGAACGAAUCGAACACAGUCCUUUGUUCAAAGACUGAGUACUGCUCUUACACACCUGGAAGACCAUGGUCCCGAUUGGGCUAUUGCUACCGACCAAGCAUAUCACAAACAGUGGUACGAUCAGUUCACCUCGACCGACUGGGUUAAUGAUGCCGUCAAAGAGGCCUUCCGGUUAAAAGAACUUAGGGCAAGAAAAGAUAUUCGCGGACGGCUAGCACUCCUCUACGAUGCAUCACAGGGCUGGUUAUUGGCGGCAAUUGUUGGUGCUCUCACUGCCGGGGUGGCAUUUUUCGUCGACGUAUCCGAGAGUGUUUUAUUUGACUUCAAAAAUGGAUAUUGUGGGAACGGAUGGUAUUUUAGUAGAAGGAAGUGCUGCUUGUCAGACGUCUCGGAAGAGUUUUGUAGUUCAUGGCGUACAUGGGGAGAGGGUGACCGCAACGAAACUUGGGCAGGAAUGGUAGGAGGCUACACCGUAUUUAUAUUUGCAACGGUCCUUUUUGCGAUGUGUGCUUCGGCCAUUACCAUGGCGACCCGAACGGAUCUCCCUUCUUCCAUUCGAAUAUCGGCACUUGACGAGGAUCUUGGGGCAAACCGUCCCGGUGACGAAACGAAAAAGGACGACGGACAGGCAUUAAGGCAGUACUAUACAGCCGCUGGCAGCGGAGUGGCGGAAGUCAAGGUUAUACUAUCCGGGUUCGUCAUGCACGGUUAUCUAGGUUUCAGAACGCUGUUCAUGAAAACGAUCGGUCUGGUUCUAAGUGUCGCUUCUGGAAUGAGUCUUGGAAAGGAGGGCCCUUAUGUCCACAUUGCGACAUGUAUCGGAAACAUUUGCUGUCGUCUAUUUCCCAAGUACAACUCCAAUGAUGCAAAGCGUAGGGAAGUCCUUAGCGCCAGUGCGGCAGCAGGCGUAGCAGUCGCUUUUGGUGCCCCUCUCGGUGGAGUCCUGUUCAGUUUGGAGGAAGUCAGCUACUACUUUCCUCCGAAAACUCUUUUCAGGACAUUCUUCUGUUGCAUUGUUGCUGCGAUAUCCUUAAAAUUUCUAGAUCCUUACGGUACAUCGAAAAUCGUCAUGUUCGAAGUCCGUUACGAGACCCGAUGGCACGGAUUCGAAAUUAUCGCUUUUACUAUCCUAGGGGCGCUAGGUGGAUUAUUCGGUGCUUUCUUCAUAAAGGCCAGCAGGUUCUGGGCGACGACCUUCAGAAAGAUCAAGUUUAUUAAACAGAAUCCUACUACUGAAGUUUUUGUUGUUGCCCUCAUUACUGGUAUCAUCUGCUUCUGGAAUCGUUACACUAGAUUGCCAGUCACAGAGCUACUCUUCGAACUCGCAAAACCCUGUUCUAGGAACCCGAACGAUGACUGGAGGCUGUGUCCUUUGGUGGAGGAUAUUCCUGAGACGAUUAAAGAGCUCGGGGUCGCUCUUGUGGUCAAAACAUUCCUGACAAUCAUUACGUUUGGUACCAAAGUUCCAGCCGGAGUGUACGUGCCCACCAUGGUUAUUGGUGGUAUCAUUGGUCAUAUGGUCGGGCUAGCCCUGCAGUAUCUUCAUCUGACUCAACCAGGCCAUUUCCUGUUUCAGUCCUGUCCUACUGAAGGUCACUUCCCUUGCGUGGUACCGGGAGUUUACGCCCUUGUCACCGCUGGAGCCGCUAUGUGCGGUGUAACUCGACUCUCGGUGACCUUGGUCGUUAUCUUAUUCGAACUUACCGGGAGCUUGGACUACGUCCUUCCGUUUUCACUCGCAGUCAUGGUUUCAAAAUGGGUUGCGGAUUGGGUGGAACCGUUGAGCAUCUACGACCUAUUGACAGACCUAAACGGCUAUCCUUACCUUGACGCAAAAAUGGCACCGAUCUUUACUAGCGAGCUCAGCGAUAUUAUUUCUAGCUUACCGCCCCAACGGAUCAUUGACGUUUCGAACAGCUCUCUUGUACCUGCCGUAGAACUGCGCCGAAAGCUACACUCUCUCCAAGCAAGUGGAGAGCUUGAUGGCGGCUUACCGCUCUUGAGAGAUGGGAUUUUGGUCGGGCUGAUCCCUGCUCCCGAUCUCGAAUAUGCUCUCGAUGGACUUAAGAACGAAGCUACAGACCUUUGCCUUAUGGAGACCGAAGAUGGAUAUCACGAUUAUGAAAGUGAAGACGGCACAAGGAUGCUGACAGACUUCACCGGUUACGUUGAUCCUGCGCCGAUUGCAUUAGAAAUCAGGAGCCCUAUGGAACUUGUUUACGAGCUAUUUGUCAAGUUGGGACUACGUUUCCUCUGCAUCACCCAAGAGGGCCAGUUUGCUGGCAUGGUACAUAAGAAAGAUCUUCUCAAGUAUCUAAAGAACUUGGAACCUCAUUCCCGUUGA